AUGCCGAGCCCACGCCAAAACCAGGUACCGCGCCCCGUAAGCCAAUUUUCAUCCUACUCUGACGCGUCAAGCUCCUACUGGCCGCCCGGAUGGAACUUCCAUCGGUUCGUCCACGCUACGGCCGAAGACACCGAGGCCCUGCCUGAUGACGAGCGGGCCAAGAUGCAGGCUGGCUUCCGGGAUAUCCUCGGCGAAGACGGCGUCCACGAACUGGCCCGUGUCGUCUGGCAGGAGCAGCAGCGGCUCGAACAACAGGCGUCUCCGUCCCCUCGACCGACGCUUCCGACACCCGAUUGGCUCAAGGCGUGGAAGAGACAUUACCGAGGGCGGCCGUGGGGGUUUGUCGCUUUCCGGGUUGGGGGAGCGAACCUGGACUUCGAGGAGUUCAAGAGUCGCAUUGAGAGGAUCGUUGAACUACCGUUUGACGCGGCCGUGGAACGAGGUCAUUUGGCGGACGAAAUCGCCGAGGCUCGCAGCACGUUCGAGAUCCGCUGGGUCGACGUAGGAGACGGAUUUAGAGACGGGGUGGAGGGAGAUUCUGAUCGCCUAAAUGCUACUGAUCCUGUGGAGAGACUACGAGCAAAAUAUCGUGCCUUGCGGGAGUCGGAUGGCUUUCCACCAGGCCUUCAUCUGCCGUUGUUUCUUUGUGCCUCUACGGAUUCAAUAGCGUCAGUACUUCAGAUGCGGCCCUCUUCACAACCAGGGAUAGAUAGUCCACGCUGGCGGCCUGGGGCACCAUUCCUUCUGGUAGUGGCGGCAGAGGAUGAGCAGGGACCAGUCGACGAUGAAGGCAUCGAGCCAAUUGAUGGCGGGGAGCAGACGUGGUUUAAACCAGUCUUCAAAGCCGCCGCUGAAGUGCUUGUAGAGGCACUGUGGGGGGUAGCAGAACGGCAAAUUACCUCGAUGAGGAACUUGACCAGAUUUGUUCGGGGGGCUACAAUCCUAGACAGUCCAUCGCUGGAGAACGAGGAUACUGAUAUCUUACAAGGGAAGGAGGAAGCCGACGAUGGACUGGAUGAUAUGUGGUGGUCGGUGCAUAGACCGCCUCAUCGUAUGAAGCAGAGGAGACGAUUUUUUGACAGCAACCCCUAG